UCUUAAGCGGCAAGUAACGUGCCACAAGCAGUGAGGUUUGAGUUGUUUUUUCCCCCUGGGGGAGGGGGGUGGCUUCAGGUUGCCCCAAAAGUGCAUUGAACUGCUUGAAGUUUUGUGUGGCAGUUUUCGGCGUAUAAAUAGCUCCUGCAAUGCCCUCAAAACAGCCAAAAGCAAACUCCAGAAGCCACAAGGAUGUCGGGCAAGGACACAACAACUGCAGUGACAGUACAGUCGCAGGUGGAGCCUCUCCGCCGCCGCUGGCCGCUGCUCCUGCUGCUGAUCUUUCUGGCCAGCGUCCAGGGCCAUGGCCACGGCCAUGUCCAUCAGCUGCAGGUGGGCAGCCACAAGCUGUGCGGCCAAGCACUGUCCGAUGCCAUGGACGUGGUCUGUGCCCAUGGCUACAACACGCUGCCCCAGAAGCGUAGCGAGCCGCUGGAUGGGGCAGCCUUUGCGCUGAGUCCGCUGCUCUCCAGCCUCUAUGGUGCCGAGGUGCUCAUACAGACGCGACGUCAUCGCAGACAGCGGUCAUCGGGCGGCAUCUACGACGAGUGUUGCGUCUUAUCCUGCAGCUACCAAGAGCUGGCCUCCUACUGCCUGCCCAAGUGAAGAGCUUCACCCACACAGACACACAGACA